UCCUAUAUCUGAAUUUCUCUCUCUCUUUCUCUCUCUCAAGCAUAGCAUGGCUCUUCUCCUCCACCCAUCUUUAUUAAUUCACCUGAUAACCGCUGUUUUUUCUCUCGCAAUUAGCUCUUCAACUUCCUCUGUUGAUUCCUUCGUCUACGGAGGCUGCUCAUCGCAAAAAUACUCCGAAAUCAUCAAGUUUAAUUACGAGUCCAACGUUAAAUCAUUUCUAGACAACAUAGUAUACUCAUCCUCAUUCACCCUCUUCAACAAAUUCACUAUCUCAAAACCUGGUUCCGACCCCACCGCCACCGUUUCCGGCCUAUUCCAGUGCCGAGGAGACCUCACUAACUUGAAUUGCAGAAACUGCGUGGCUCGCUCCGUUGCCGAAUUAGGUACACUAUGUCCCGGCUCAACAGGUGCGGCCUUGCAACUCGAAGGUUGUUUAGUCAAGUAUGAUAAUGUCUCUUUCUUUGGAGUGGAAGAUAAGGAUGUUACUACCCAUAAAUGUGGACCGGUGAUUCAUGACAGCGGCGAUUAUUCCGAUGAUUCUGACCGUGAAUCGGCCUUGUCUUAUUUGGGAACUGGACAACAAUUCUUUCGCGUGAUUGAUUACGGGAAUGUGAAAGGUAUGGCGCAGUGUGUGCAGGAUUUGAGUGUAGAUCAGUGUCAGGAUUGUAUAUCGGAAGCCAUCCGACGGUUGAAAAUUGAAUGUCCGUCGUCCGCUUCCGGCGAUAUGUUUUUGGUCAAAUGUUACGUACGUUUCUACGACAGUGGGGCUAGGAGAUACUCAAACAAUGACGAUGAUAAUGAUGACGAAGACGAGGUCCAAAAGACCAUUGCACUUCUAGUGGGGCUAAUAGCCGGAGUUGCCUUUCUCAUUGUUUUUAUAUCGGCAUUAAGUAAGUUUUUUGAAAAGAAAGGUAGUAAAUAAAUUUUAUUUAUUACAUUUUCAAUAUGUAUUGAAAUAAAAAUUUAAAAGACAAAGUAGUAAGUAAAAUGUAUAUAAUUUAAUCAUCAUCUUCCUCCAUUUUUGAAUGCAAAUAACAUAUAUUAGUUGUGAUU